CCUCUCCACACACUCCCUGGACCAGCCAUAUCUGCACCAGAACAGCCACAACGCCCCAGCUGAGCUGCAAGGAGCUGCAGGAAGCGGUCCGUCCAAAGCCAAGAAGACGAACGCGGGCAUCCGGCGCCCGGAGAAGCCGCCCUACUCGUACAUCGCGCUCAUCGUCAUGGCCAUCCAGAGCUCGCCCGCCAAGCGCCUGACGCUCAGCGAGAUCUACCAGUUCCUGCAGAGCCGCUUCCCCUUCUUCCGCGGCUCCUACCAGGGCUGGAAGAACUCGGUGCGCCACAACCUCUCGCUCAACGAGUGCUUCAUCAAGCUGCCCAAGGGCCUCGGGCGCCCCGGCAAGGGCCACUACUGGACCAUCGACCCGGCCAGCGAGUUCAUGUUCGAGGAGGGCUCGUUUCGGCGGCGGCCGCGCGGCUUCCGAAGGAAGUGCCAGGCGCUCAAGCCCAUGUACAGCAUGAUGAACGGGCUCGGCUUCAACCACCUCCCGGACACCUAUGGCUUCCAGGGCUCCACCGGCGGCCUCUCCUGUCCGCCCAACAGCCUGGCGCUGGAGGGCGGCCUGGGCAUGAUGAACGGCCACUUGCCGGGCAACGUGGACGGCAUGGCUCUGCCCAGCCACUCGGUGCCCCACCUGCCCUCCAACGGCGGC